AUGGUUCUACUCGAAUCGUUUCUCAUGGAUGCUGAAUGCGAGCUUAUCAGAAAGCUGUAUGUAGAAUUUGAAGCGCGUUUCAGUAAGGAAUUGGCUGCGACCGACGAGUAUUGGCGUUAUAAAACUCAAGGCUGGAUCUUAACAAUUCUAAGUUUUUUCACUGUGGUAGCCUCUACAGUCCACACCGUACUUACGUGGACCGUCUAUGCGGCACCCUUGACACAGAAUUUACAACAUUGGCAUAAUUUACCGAGCUGUUUGACGCUGCAAUUUCGUAUUUUGUAUCUGAUUAUCGCCAUAAGUACGUUCAAUGAAUUUGCUAUUGUAUUACGCAUCAAUCUGAAUGAAAUGGGUGAACGAAAUAUACAACGAGUUUUUGGUCCCUAUCUACGUGGACGUGCCUUUGCAAAGGGAGGCAUUAUACGCGUUGCGCCGAAGACAAAUCAGCCAAGUGAAGAAGAAGAUGAGCGUCGACUGAGGGUCUACAAACAAUUUUAUGGCGAUAUUCAUAAUCUGUUUAAGUCUAUUAACGAGCACUAUGGGUGGUCCAUACUGGCUUUUAUGAUUAUGUACUUCAUCUAUUUCAUCGUAAAUUCCUACUGGGUUAUUUUUUCGCUGAUAAUACGACUUCCCGAGCAUAAUACUUUGAUACGAAAUUUGGGAUUUUUAGUAAUAGUGGUCGUACUACUGUGGGUACUGUGUUGGCAAAGUCAAAAUAGUCAUGAACAGAGUCGCCAUAUUGGCUGUAUUAUGUUCAAGCUCGUCAAACCACUGGGCAAUAAGUGUUACAAUGAUUUGGUCACCGAUUUUUCGUUGCAAACUUUACAUCAACAAUACAUUAUUACAGCAAAAGAAUUCUUUAGCUUGAAUCUCAAUCUACUGGGCAGUAUGGUUGCGUCUAUUGUCACUUAUUUGGUCAUACUCAUCCAGUUCAUGUUCGCCGGAAAGAAUAGAUCUAACCAAAAUCCGUUGGUGCAUUCUGGAAAUUCUACUGUGAGUACACUCCACUAG